AUGCCCGGCCUCCGCCCCAUCGACGAGAUCGAGAGGCGGCGCGCGGCCCAGGAGGUGACCGAUGACCUCAAGCGGCACAACACGGACAUGUGGCUCUCCACGGAGCGCGCGAAGUGGGAGCAAAAAACGCACGACAAGAUUGUGGAGCGGGGGCGCCGCGCGCGCAUCCGCAAAUACGACAAGGAGGCCGAGGACGAGUUGAGGAGGCGGCGCGAGCGCCUCGCCAAGUUGUAUUCCGAGGAGAUGGCGCAGUGGCGCCACGAGGUGGCGACCUCUGGCAAGAGCGCCGCGGACCGCAAGGCUGAAGUCGAGGCGAAGGCCCUGGAGCUAGGACGGCAGCGCGAAGUCGCUCGUAAGAAGCACAACGACUGGGCCUACGCGCAGCAGCGCCGCAAUUCGUUAGAUGAUGUGCGGAAGCGCGACUCGAAGGCCUUCGUCGAGGCUUGCCUGUCGACGCGCCACUUGCAGCACGAGGAGAAAGCAAGGCGCCUCCAGAAAGAAAAAGAGGAAGAAGAGGCCUGGCUCAAGAAGUGGCGCGAGGGCCUGGCCGAGGCCGAUCGCAUCGAAGCCGAGAAGGUGGCCAAACAUAAAGCCCACGAGCACGACGUGAAAUAUGUGCUGGACGAACAGGUCGAGCUCAAGAAGAAGCGCUACCGAGCACGGGAGGAGCGCAUGAAGAAGGAGGCCGAGGAGGAGCUCGCGGAGUGGAAGAUCGCCGUCGACGCCGAGGCGAAGAAGCAGAUCGACCUGAGGGAUGCGGCGCGGGCACGAUCGGCGGACGUCAUGGGCUUCAAUUCCGUAUUUGACCAGAAGAAGGAGGUGUUCAAGAAGGAACAGUUGAGGAGGGACAAAUUAACCUUGCAGUACGAGCUCGAUUUACAGAAAGCGCAGGACGACAAAGACGCGGCGAAGAUUCAGGCCGAGAAGGAGUUGAACGCGCGGUUCAAGAAGUACCUGGACGGGUUCGAGAAGCUCAAGGGCGCGGAUGAAGCGAAGAUCGAAGCGGUGCGCCGGAAGCUCGAGAACCGCAUCUGGGAUGAGCGCGAUCGGGCCUUCCAGGCCGAGAUCGACGCGCGCGAGUAUCUGCGGAAGCAGGUCGACCUCGGGCGGCAGCAGCAGAUCCGGGACAAGAUCGCCGCCGAGAAGUUCUCGACGAGUCACUAUGGGGCCGAGAUCGCGGCCAUCGAGGCGGCGCAGAAGAAGGCGAACGACGAGGACGACCGGCGGCAGGCCUACCAGAAGCAGGCGGCUAUUGAUCACCAGUCGAAACUAAGGCUACAGAUCGAACGGAAUAAAGUCAGGCGGGCCGAAGAAAAACAAGCCGAGUUCCUCGAGAAGAAGUACAUCGAGAAGGUCGAGGCGGAACAUGCCUAUAUUGUGGCGAACGAGGGCGGGCGGUGCAACAUCCACCACCCGAUCAAGUCGAUGAAGUGGUUCACGUAG